CUGACGUCACGCCUCCCCAGCGAGGGCUGGCUGCGCGAGCGCUAUGUGUUGGAAUGCGUGAGUCUCGCGUACUUCCUUGACCGAUUUGAGAGUUUGGAAAUAACUUCUUCCGAAACUUGUUUCUGCAACGACAUCGCCAAACAACGAGCGAACACCGCUGCUGGUUGAGCAUGUCUGCUCAGACUGUGUAUCCAGCUGCUGCUGGUAUCUUCAUGCCUGUAGGCAUCCCAGUACCAGAGGUGGGCCAUGACCUUCCUGAGCUGCCUCGCAAUGAUGUGGCAGCCCCUCAGCUAGUGAUGCUCGCUAAUGUGGUGGUAUCAUCAGAGGCGUCUUCCUCAGACUACAAUGCAGAAGAGAAACAAAUGGUGGAACUCAAGACCGUUGGAUGCAACAGCUACUCUGACAGCGAGGAAGAGGGUGUUAUCAGAUACAGCCUUGACAGUUCGGAGAUGUCUGAGAGCACGUACGCUGAACAUGCCACUCGGGUUGAGCCAGAAAUGACAGAAAGAGUGAUAGAGCAGGUUGAAAUGGAGCAAGCAGACCCAUCUGAAAAGACCCCAUCUGAAUCCUCACCAGCGGAAAAACGUAAGCGCACCCCAGUUGUUGUCUUCGAAUCCAACAAAAAGAAGAAGAAGCCUUUCUUUUGUAAACCCUGCCAGUACCAGGCUGAAAACGAGGAGGACUUCAUUCACCAUAUCCGCGUUCACGGCACCAAGAAAAUGACGGUGGUAAAUGGCGUGGCUGACUCUGACGACGAUCUGGCCAGUGAGUCAGGCCAAUCUCAGACGCCAAACCCAGAGAAUAGUGAAAGUUUGAGUAACUCCAAAGGCGUGAUCCGCUGUGAGCGCUGUGGAUACAACACCAACCGCUACGACCACUACAUGGCACACCUUAAACAUCAUGCUAAGGAGGGUGAAGACCAGAGAGUAUUCAAGUGCACCAUUUGUGCUUAUACCACCAUCAGUCAGUAUCACUGGAAGAAACAUCUGAGGAAUCAUUUUCCCAGCAAGGUUUUCACUUGCAACCAGUGCUCGUAUUUUUCUGACCGCAAAAAUAACUACAUACAGCACAUCCGGACCCACACUGGUGAGCGUCCGUUCCAGUGCAUAUACUGUGACUACUCCAGUUCCCAAAAAACUCAUCUCACCAGACACAUGCGAACCCAUUCAGGUGAGAGGCCUUUCAAAUGUGACAACUGCAGCUACCUGGCAGCCAACCAGCACGAGGUGACUCGCCAUGUCAGACAGGUCCACAAUGGACCCAAGCCCCUAAGCUGCCCCUACUGCCAAUACAAGACAGCCGACCGCAGCAACUUUAAAAAGCACGUUGAGCUCCAUGUCAACCCUCGCCAGUUUCUUUGCACGGUUUGCAAAUACGCUGCAUCCAAGAAGUGCAACUUGCAGUAUCACAUCAAGUCCAGACACCCAGGAUGCACUGAUAUCUCGAUGGACGUAUCAAAGGUAAGGCUUCGUGUGAAGAGGACUGACACGGAUGAUAUUUCGCCAAAUAAGCUUGCGACAGACCAGUCUGGAUCAAGGCAAAGUGAGGACAAGCAGUUGGGAGAAUUGGAUGAUGUUGAAUCAGGUCCCAUCAACCUCUCUAUUAAGAAACCCACUAAACCCACCCUUGCUGUGGAGACUGAGCUGACUGACAAGACCGCAAAGAAAAACCCAGAUGUCAUUGUGAAAGAAAAAUCUGGAAAGCCAACCCAACAACUCAAUGAAAAAACUGCAGAGAAAAAGACCAUGCCGAAAAAUGAGGUGAAAGAGAAAAACAGUAAGAAGGUUAAAGGAAAGACUUUGGUGAAAGCUGUGGACAUUGCCGUGGCACAAACAAAAGGCUGCAAUGACAAACAAGCUUAUAAAAAGGAAAUGAAGAAGGUAGAGAAAUCCCCUAAAUCUGUGGAGAAAGUAGCGAAAGGUCGUCCUAAGAAAGAGAAGCCAUUGAAGGAGACCGCCAGUGAAGUUACUGCAAAACAUCAGUCUGUUGUUGAGCAAAGAUUAGAUAUGGAUAAAGAAAGACCAGAGAAAGACCUAGAGAAGCAGCAGCAGCAAAAUGAGAAAGAGAAAAGAGAGCGGCUAGAAAAGGAAAACAGAUUGCUGAAUGGGAAAGCGAAGGAGACUGAAGAGAAAGAACGUGCAAAAGAUUGCAAGAAACCUCAACCCAAGAAGCCAUGCAAGAGGCAGACAAAAUUGUCAAAGGUCAACCGUGAAAAAGAUACCCAGAGCAAACCUGUCAAAAGAAAAGCAGAGAACAUGAAAGUACCAGCGACUGAUUCUUCAGAAACUAAUUGUCCUUCAAAGCGGGUCAAGCGCACAAAGAAAGAUACAGCCAAGCCAUCAACAAGUUCUGGUGCUCCAGAGAGAAAUCGUACCAUACCUGAGGUUCUACAGGCCGUGAAGAGCAAAACCAAGAAUGCUGAGGCAAAUGCAAACAAACCUGAGACUUGUGUCAUUGAACCUGAGAAGACCAACGAAGUCCCAGAGAAGCUAAACACUCUAGAAGCUGAAAAACAGUCCACCACAGAAACACUGAAGGUACUUGACCAACCAGAUGAGCAGACACCUACAGUAGUGACCUGCCAAGAUGAGAGAAAUCACAAGGAGACUGCUUCUGUUGUGGAGGAACUCACAGUUCCAUGCCAACCCCAAGUUCCAGACUCUGAACAACCUAAAGAAACUGAGAACAAGGUCCCAAAUGAGCCAAAAGAAAUUCCAGAUGUAGACAGCGGAAGUGAGAUGCCAUCACCUACUGACAACAAGACCUCUCCGGGUUUCAGCCCAACUCUUGAACUUCCUGGUCCACCCGGUCACAAAUCUACCGACGCAGAGGAUGACGAAGGUAUCCACAGUAAUGAUGGGGGAAGUGACAUCAGCGAUAGCGCCUCUGAAGGAAGCUGCGACUCUGGUCUUAACGGACUGGCUGCUGCCACCGAGGGUAGAGAGAAACUUCCAGAGACUCCGACAGAAGAGCUUCCGUCUCCAUCCAAACUGCUCAGUCACACCUGUAUCUUCUGUGACCGUACCUUCUCUCUUGAGAUGGACUACCGUCGCCACUUGAAUCGGCAUUUAGUAAAUGUGUAUUACCUAGAAGGGGCGGCUCAGGGUGACAAGUGAGGGGUAUCUCGUAUGAAAAAGGGCAGCGUUUUUGUGUCCAAAACAGUUUAUGAGGUUCUCCUAGACUUCUAACUGAACAAAUCUUGUUCAAGUUGUAAUAAAAAUAAGGUUCUUGUUGUUUUUGAUGGCUUUACAGCUCAUGACAGAUGACCACAUCUAUGCCUGUUUUCAGUUUGCCAUGACACAACAUGAAACAUUAAAAUAACACAGUAUACUUUCAAUUCAGAAAUUAAACCCAUUGUCAACUUGUGGUAGGAUCAUCGGGGUUUUCUUGUGUUUAUUGUUACACUACUUGGAAGCAACAAAAAGGAGAACUACUCUGAAAGCAAGUACACUUUCUCCCUCCAUCCCUGCGGAGAGCUCCGAUUAGCCAGACCCAGGUGGUCCAGCGCUGAAUAGCCCUGAAGAUAAUGGGUCUUUCAGUGUCUUUGUGCUGUUCCACUCCACUGAAGCACCUCCAUCUCUGGUCAGCAAGAGACGGAGAGUGUGUUUAAAGCUGGCUAAUGUCAUUGUAAAAGGGAACAAAGAAACUGAAUACAGUUUAGGGAGCACUUGACAACUAACCAUAAGCUUACCUUUGAGGCUCUGUUUCACAUAAGCUAAACAUUUAAUUUGAACAAAAAAGAUUUCUGUACACUUCCUAGAGGUUUUUCUUUGAUUACACUUGCUCUGUCUUUCAAGGAAAGUAGCAUGUAGUUCGUAAUAUUUGUGGAAUAGUAGGUUUUUUCUUUCAUUGUAAAUUUGCUCUUUUUUUUUACACUUCGCAUUGUAACUCUCACUUCUCGAGUUUGUAGAUUAUUUUAUCUGUCAAUUUUCUGGUAAUACUUCAGUUUCAUGCUCAGUCCAAAGAUUUUGUUGCUUUUGUCUGUAUAUAAACUGUACAUAUUUUUCUUUCUUAUUUGCUCUUCAGUGCCUCAGACAAUCAAUUUGAGCAUUUUAAUCAAUGUCUCAGAUAUUUAGAUCUUAUUUACCUUCAAAUGAAAGAAUGGCUCGUCUUUUCUGUGUAUUUUACCCAAGCAACAUUCCCUUACACGUAUCAAAUUGGUUAUCUGCAUUAAAAAUCUGUUUAUCCAAAGUUUAUCUAAUCGUAUUGUACUGACCUUUUUGUUUAUUUGUACGAGUGUGAAUGUGUUGCUGCCACAACCCUUGUAUAUCAGUAAAUUUGCCAUGUUAUUCUGUCUAAAAAGGAAGAAAAAAAAAUACUGUAAGAGAAAGGUUAUAGAAAUAAUUUGCCUUUAGUGCAUUGUGCAACAUUGAAUUUUUGGGUUUAUUACCAAAGCAAGAUGUAGUUGGUAAAGUUUGUAGGAGCAAAACCACAGGCCUCAGAUGGAAAACUAGAAAACGUGCUAUCCACAGGGACCCAGUGCACCUGAAAAACUACACUUUUAGACGGUUGGAUACUUUAUCACUGUAAAUUUGUCCUUUAUCACUUUUUUUGUGUUAAGCAAUUUGCUUUUCUUCUUUAGAAUAGCAUGUUGCCAAUUCACAACUCAGAUUGUGCCAUUUAUCCAUCUUUGUAAUCAAGUGUGUGACUGUCGUUUCCAUUUCCUAGUAAAAGUAGUCAAAUUAUAUCAGUUGAAAUGUUAUAAUGUUGUCCCCUUGAUAUGGCUUUUUAUGAAUGAUCUGAAAAACUGUUUACUAUGUGACCUGUAUGUAUAGCUCUAGAUGUUUCAAUAAAAAAAAUCUU